AUGCUUUCCGCGAAGCUGCCGUCUCACAAAGACGCUCAGAGCCGCAGCGGUGGCCCGGCGUCGCUGUCCCCGCUACGGUCUGUUGGUCUGGCGCACCUUCCUCGCCGCCCCCACCCGCCCUCACCUCGCACGCCCGCACGCCCUCACCCCGCACGCCCUCACGCCCUCACCCCGCACGCCCUUACCCUCACCCCGCACGCCCUCACCCUCACACCACACGUCCUCACCCCGCACGCCCUCACCUCGCACGCCCGCACGCCCUCACCCUCACCGCGCACGCCCUCACCCUCACCGCGCACGCCCUCACUCUCACCCCGCACGCCCUCACCCCGCACGCCCGCACCUCGCCCGCCCAUAUCCACCCACACCAUGCAUACCGCUGUCCGUACACCCACCUACCCUCACCUUGCACCCACGCUCAUGACAUCCUGA